GACCUGCACGGAGACGGAUGUCCUGCGAGAUUUUUGAUUGCGUUAACAUCAUAUGGACCGAGACAAAGUGGCCAGACAUGAACACUGUUUCUCUGUCCACGUAUGGUUUCUGACCUGCUGAGUUUUCCCAGCAUUAUGUUUUAUUUUCUUAGUUACUGUUUUGUUUACUUAAUGCCGCUGCCCCGUAUUUGAAAACCACCCAGCAAAAGUAAUAGGAACUCUGUGGACUCAGUUUACCACCUGAGCACGGUUACUUGUGUUGCAUUCUGACAUUUGCUGGUGUGCGUGUGGUUUUCUCGUUGCUUUCUGUGUUCGGGCAGCGAGAGUCGGGUGGAGCGCAGGCAGUCCGUGCUGGAGCAGGCUGCUGCACGCCUUCCAUUGCACGUACGGGGCUGCACGUCUUUCCGUGCCGAGAGGCUGCGACUCUCCUCGCUUCUCGCCGGCCCGCCCGCAGCAUAUCCCGGCGCCGGUUUUGCAUACAGCUGCUGCUGAGGGCGUGGGCUCUGUCCUCUAGUUGCUGCGGGCUUUCUCACACCGAGCCCCGGGCUUCCCCUGCGCCAGCUGGGUCCCGGCUCCAGGCUAUCAGAUCCCCGGGAGCCCGAGCUUGAGCCGCCGGCUUUUCCUCUUCUGCGGGGCGCGGGCGAUGGCGGCCGCAUUGCUGUCGGAGACGGAGAUCGAGCAGCAGUCCAUGGCCGAGGAGGACCCGAACGGCAACGAGCACGGCGCCGGGGCCAGGAGCAGCACGGUGCCGCGCUGGGGACCGCAGCACGCUGGCGCCAGGGAGCUGGCUCAGCUCUACUCGCCGGGAAAACGGUUACAGGAGUGGAUCUGUGUCAUCUUGUGUGUGUGUUUGGUGGCCAUCAACUUCCUGUGCCUGGUGCUGCACUUUUCCAUGGAUCACUGUUUCAAAUUAGCAAUAGCCAUUUUUGCUGGGAUUGUUACUGCAGAUUUUGCCUCCGGCCUGGUUCACUGGGGAGCAGACACCUGGGGUUCUGUUGAUAUCCCUGUCAUUGGCAAGGCAUUUAUUAGGCCUUUCCGAGAACAUCAUAUUGACCCGACUGCAAUAACCAGGCAUGACUUCAUUGAGACUAAUGGAGAUAACUGUAUGUUUGCCAUUAUUCCACUGGCCCACAUGACCUACAGGUUCAUCAACAACAGUCCAGAUGUUGUGUACAGAGCCUACCCCUGGGACUGUUACUUAUUCUGUUUAAGCGUAUUUGUGACAAUGACCAAUCAAAUUCACAAAUGGUCUCACUCGUACUUUGGUCUGCCUCGCUGGGUAAACGUCCUGCAGGACCUCCAUGUCAUCCUGCCUAGAAAGCAUCAUCGGAUCCAUCACAUUUCCCCUCAUGAGACUUACUUCUGCAUUACCACAGGAUGGCUGAACUACCCGCUUGAAAAGAUGGGAUUUUGGCGGAACUUUGAGUAUCUCAUAACAAAUAUAACUGGGCACAAACCAAGGACUGAUGAUAUGAAGUGGGCUCACAAGGUGGAAUAAAAGACUACAAACAGACUCAUGAUGUGGAAAACUGAGGAGACACGCCAUGCUUAAGAAAUGAAGACACAUAUAAUUAAUUCUCCUACCCUUGUCCAGCACUUAGAAACUUACAUUGUUACAUGAUGUGAUAUAUGCUUGAACAACUUUUUAUUUGCCAUUCUAGCAAGCUGCUUAUGUCAGUCCAAACAUAAUUUUAACAAUAAUCCUUUGUUUGCCAUUCGACUAUUAUGCAGAUGUUGAUUAUUCAUAUGUUAUUUUGUACCUAGUAUAUGAUUAGAAGUAGCACCAGCAACGCAGACAGCAAAUAGAAAGUGCGAAUUUUAAAAUAAUCACAAGAAUGACUGUACCCUUAUCAGCCUUAAGCACUUUAAAAUUGAUUAUAAUCCUCGUAAAUGGAAUGAUUCUGUACAGAAUUUAAUAUAAAAGAUUAUUUGAGUUUUAUACUGGAGUUGUGUAAAUGUAAGUUUGUUUUUGUGCUCCAGCACUCUACAUUGAGAUAACACAUCAUAAUAUAGAACCAAGUCAGAGAAACUUCACACUCCUGAAGCAGCCUCACUGUUGCAUCUUUCUAUAAGUUUUUGACAGAUCACUUGAAAACUUUGCCAUUUAGUUGUGCAACCAGUCAGGCAAGAAGUUAAUAAGUCUGACUGGCAACGAUUAUUUUCCAUGGGGAUGGAUCAUAUGUCACUCUAAGAAUAAGUCAUUUGAUCCCAAGGGAAAGGGCAUACACAUCCUAUAUAGUUGUUCAUAUUCACUGCAAGCCCUAUACUAUACCAUGAUCAAUCCCCACUCCCUGCAGAAAUCGCAUGUCCCUUUAUGCUAUAAAGCCACAUCUAGUUAAGCUGAUCUAAAAGUGCGUUUCCUCUUCUGUUAUCCUGUAGUCGGUUCAGUUCAUUAAUAGCUACUCAUUUUGUCCUGACUGCAAUAUUGUUUCCUGGUCAUUGAUCGAAGAUAUAUAUAAACCAGCAUCAGUCCAGCAAGAUGCAUGACAUCUUGUUGCAUGCAUGUGCUCUGACAGUGCUCAGAAAUCUUGCCUGACGCAUUGACAGCAGACGGUUAUGUUUCACUUGUCAUGCUGUCCAGCAACUAAAUUCUGAUGAUGAUCCUGAAAUGUAAAUGUGAUUCAGAUCACAAUACAGAUCUGGCAGUCUCUCUCCCAUUUUAACUUUUUUUCUUGUGUUAUCUAUUGUAUGUCCAUGUCAGUCUUCCGAAGUUCUCUUUAGUUCUCCAGUAGGUCUUAGGUAGUAAUCUCUCUCACAUACUUACUCUCUCUCUAUCUCUCACUCUCUCUCUAUCACUCCCUCUCCAUCACUCUCUCUCUAUCUAUCUCUCUCUAUCACUCUCUAUUACUCUCUUUUUGGUCCAUUUUUUAUUACCUUUUUAAUUUCACUAUUUUACUUAACUGUUAACCUUCAUCAAGGCGCUAUUAAUUUCAUCUGUCCUGAUGAUUUGGUUUCUAGCAAGAUAAACCUCUUUAUUCUCUUUCUGACACUUUAGUUUCACCACAUAGAGCAUAUAAGCGUAUCAGAAAUAUUGCUCCAUAUGGAGGGAUAUGAUAGAACUGCAUUUCUAAUUUAUCUUUGUUGAGUUAUCAGGUCAACUCUCUCGUGUAGAUUCAAAUUCCAUUGCCUAGCCCAGAACUGAUCACACAGCUUCUUAGCAAAUGGAAGAGUGUACAUCAAAGUUCAGAAAAGAUUUGCUUCAUCUGUUCUAAGUGUACAUAAAGUAUGGCGAGUGCAGGCUACAUUUAAUUUCUAAAUCAAAGUGAAACAAGUGAAUAAGCUGGAUCAUUAUUUAUGAGUUGUAUAUGAAAUGUUAUUUUUGUGCUGGCUUACUGGGAUACAAAGCUGUCUAUGUUAAGUAGAAACCCAAACCACCCUCUAGUAUCACUUGUUUGUUAGGUGAACUCUUCCACCUGUUCCAGUUUUAAAACCACAAAUGCUGAAAAUGCACUUUGGACUUUGAAUAUCCAUCAGCUUUCCUCAAAAUCAUAAACAUGACUUUACUCUUCUCUCAUCUUGAAUAUUCAAACUGCUUUCUUAAUUUCUAGGGGCUAAGUUGAUUUAAAGUUCCAACUGUGAUUACUGGUCUCAGAUUUUAAAAAAAGUAUUUCUGUCCAUUAAAGUUUGAGAAAGUUUGCAUGCUCCUUGAUGUUUUCUAUUCCCUUUGUGCUAUUCAUGUGCUUGACAGUUUGGAUCAUAUUUAGGACAUCCACUGAGUUUUUCACAUAAGAAGCUGCACUUUUGUGUUAUUUUGUACAAUCAUCAAGGUUAAUCCUUUUCCUGUGGUGAAAGCACAGUAUUGGUCACAGUUGGAAUUAUUGCUAAACAAUCAUCCUCCUGUCAGGUUUACAUUUUUGUGCCUCAGCUCAUUCACAGCAUGUGGAAGCUCAAUGUAAAGCUAACGGAUGAUGGUAUAGAGCGUAUCAGCUUGGGAGCAUGCAUGUGUCCAUGAAGGUAUUUUGGGCAAAGUUAUGGAGGAACUGGAAGGUAUGAAUGAGAAUCUUGACUGCAUUGUGUGGGCCACAUGAAGAACACGGUGAUGUCAAUCAUUGAAUUACCCUGUAUUUUAGUUGAGAUGUUUACGGAGUCAAAAAUGCUUUUACUUCCCACAAACCAGUUGUCAGAAGAGAUGAGAAAAGAAGGAAGCGCAUGGAUUAUCAAUUGAAAGCGCUUGAUUCUUGCAGCAAUUAAUUGCAACCCUCUCACUUUUGAUAGUAGAUUACCAUCAUAUUCUGCAGUACCAAGCUACAGCAUGCUUAUUUCCCAUGGGCUUUGCUGCAUUGUAUCUUUAGCUCCCAAGGGUGCUCUCAUUUCCUGCUGUGACUCCUCAGGAUACAUUGUCAUUAUGCAGUUGUUAGAUCCUCCAGUAUUUCAGUUUCUUAAGGUGCCUUGCCAUAUUUUUGACUCCUCUUCUCUUCCUUUUUAAAAACAUUUGAGUCCUGGAGGGUUUAGCUCCUGACCUGCUUGGAGUGGUCCACUAACUUGUCAAAGUGUCUUAAUUUUGUGUGUGAGUCUAGGCUGUGAUAAUUACCAGGCUGUUCAGCUGUGGAAGAUUGCAAACCUAGUGCAGUGCAAUUGGCACCUAUAUAUGAACAACUUAAUAAGACUCAGGAAUUAGAGCCUUGAAUGUGUUCUCCCUCCCAUAGCUCAAGGGACAGAAUGACAAUAAUAGUAUCUUACCCAGCUGAGACUAGCUAACAUAGC